CCAAAGAUGCUUUCGGGAAACGGUGUGAAAACUGUACGAUGCUCGUACGACCCACUCUGCGAUCCACUUAGGCUAAAGAUGCUUUCGGGAAACGGGGCCCAGGGGUCUAUCUUUUGAGAGGUAGUUAGCCAGUUGGCAGUGGGCUUGUGGCAGCCUUGCUAUGGCUGUUGUGAUCAGGCUGCAGGGUCUGCCCAUAGUGGCAGGCACCAUGGACAUCAGACACUUCUUCUCUGGCCUCACCAUCCCCGACGGCGGCGUGCACAUUGUGGGCGGGGAGCACGGCGAGGCCUUCAUCGUGUUCGCCACCGAUGAAGACGCCCGUCUGGGCAUGAUGCGCACGGGCGGGGCCAUCAAGACCAACAAGGUGUCCCUGUUGCUCAGCAGCAAGACGGAGAUGCAGAACAUGAUUGAGCUCAGCCGGCGCCGCUUCGAGACGGGCUCGGCGGCGGCCGAGGCCCCGGCGGUGGCGGCGGCCGGUCGGCAGGGCGCCGGCGUCGCCUCGUCUCAGGCGUCCGUUGUGGGGAGGAGUGGUGGCCACGGUAACCAAGGGUUCGGUAACGCCCAGCCCUCUGUGACCACGGCCAGCUCCCACCAGGAGCAGCACAGCAACAAGGUGUCGGCCAGCCAUGCCAGCCAUGCCAGCCAUGCCAGCCAUGCCAGCCAUGCCAGCCAUGCCAGCCAUCCCAGUCAUCCCAGUCAUCCCAACCAUCCCAGUCAUCCCAGUCAUCCCAGUCAUCCCAGUCAUCCCAGCCACCCCAGCCAUCCUAGCUUACCCCCCAGCCACCCCAGCCACCCCAGCCACCCCAAUUUACCCCCCAGCUUCGCCAACAGCUAUAGCUCCGGCCCCGGCCUCGCCGGAGGCCCGCCUCCCAUCCCCCCCCUGCCGGCGCUCCCCUCCAUGCCUGGCCCUCCCCCGUCUUCAGCCCUCCCCCCGGUGCCCACGGCCUCCCCUCUCCCCCACAUGUCCCACCUCCCCCACAUGUCCUCCCUGCCUCCCUUCAACCCCUCCCUGCCUCCCCCCGGAGGCCUGGCCUCCGCCCUGGCCCUGGGGCCUCCCAACCCCAUGCUCUUCAGCCCGCUGAACCCCCUGAACCCGCUGGCCUCCCUGGGCCUCCACAUGAAGGCGGCGGCGGCGGCGGCGGCCGGGGUGGUGCCGGGCGGCGGCGGCCUCCUCGCCAGCCCCGACGAGCUCUUCGUGCUGCUGCAGAACCUCCCCUUCACCUCCUCGGAGCUGGAGGUGAGGGAGAUGUUCCGGGGCCUGGGGGUGGAGGCGGUGAGGCUCCUGAGGGACAACCAGGGCCGGGGCACGGGGCGGGCCAUGGUCAAGUUCUUCUCCCCCCAGGACGGGAUGGAGGUGGUGAAGCGGGGCGGGGGCAUGAUGGGGCAGAGGUACGUGGACGUGUCCCCGGCCACGGAGCGCCAGUGGGUCAGCCUCAACAACCCCAACCACCCCAACCCCAACCACCCCAACCCCAACCACCCCAACGCCAACAACCCCAACGCCAAACCCAUCCAGGAAGCUCAGAUUCAGGAGCAUCACCGCGGCAACGUGCCGGCGGGGGGGAGGGAACGCUGCCGGUCCCGCUCUCCGCUCCGGCAGGGCGGCAGCGAGUGGUGCGUCUACCUCAAGGGCCUGCCCUACGAGGCGGAGAAGAGGCAGAUCCAGGAGUUCUUCAAGAACCUGUCCCUGGUGGAGGACAGCGUGUACAUCGCCUACGGGCCCAACGGCCGGGCCACCGGGGAGGGCUUCCUGGAGUUCAAGACGGAGCAGGACUACAAGACGGCCCUGAGCAGCCACAUGCAGUACAUGGGCAGCCGCUUCAUCCAGGUGCACCCCAUUAACAGGAAGGGCAUGCUGGAGAAGAUUGACUCCAUCCGCAAGCGCUCGGGCGUCCCGGGCGGCGACGGCAAGACCCCGGAGGUCUCCAAGUCGCCCCGGAACUGCGCCCACAUCACCAACAUCCCCUACAACGUCUCCAAGAAGGACGUCCGCGCCUUCCUGGACGGCGUGGGCGUCUACGAGGACAGCCUGAAGGUGCUGUCGGAUAACCACGGCAACGGGCUGGGCCAGGCCGUCUUCCAGCUGCGCACGGAGGAGGACGCCCGCAAGGCGGAGCGGCUCCACCGGCAGAAGCUGAACGGGCGCGACGCCUUCGUGCACCUGGUGACCUACGAGCAGAUGAAGGACAUCGAGAGGAACCCCCCGCCGCAGAACAAACGCGGCCAGCGGAACCAGAGCCAGCCCGGCCAGCAGCAGCAGCAGCCCAGCCCCCAGCAGAACCAGCCCAGCCCCCACCAGGCCCACCAGAUCAACCCCUUUGCCGGCAUGAGCGGGGAGGAGUUUAACUUCCUGAGGAGCACCAUGGGCAGCCUGGGCAGCGCCCCCUUCGUCUCGCCGUUCGCCAACCCGGGGAACGGCCUGGUGGGGCCCCCGCCCCUGCCCCCCCUGGCCGCGGGGCUGGUGGUCACCCCCCCGGUGGUGGCCGGCCUGCCCGGAGGCCCCCUCUUGGACCACCCCGGCUUUAGGCCCGGGAUGCCCGGAGGCCCCAUCCUGGAGCCCCCCGGCUUCAGGCCUGGGGGUCCCGGGGGCCCCAUCCUGGAGCCGCCUGGCUUCCGGCCCGGGGCCCCUGGAGGCCACGGCCUGGGCCCCGAGGCCCUGAGGGCCCUGGCUCCGUUCGACGGCGGCAACAGGAAGCCGACCGGCGUGCCGGGUCGUGGCGCCGGGGGCAACAAUAACCAGAACCGCCAAGGAGGCGGCGGAGGCGGCGGCAACAACAACAAUAACAACGGACAACAAAACUUUGGCCCGGAAGGCCUGAGGAACCAACAGCAACAGGCUCCCGGGAACCCGGGGAACCAGCGGCCCGGGUGCCCCUCCAUCGUGAAGCUCCAGAACAUGCCCUUCACGGUGACCGUGGACGAGAUCAUGGACUUCUUCUACGGCUACCAGGUGCUGCCCGGCUCGGUGUGCCUCCAGCUGGGGGAGAAGGGCCUGCCCACCGGGGAGGCCAUGGUGGCCUUCCACAACCACCAGGAGGCCAGUUCCGCUGUGCUGGACCUCAACGACCGGCCCAUCGGCGCCCGCAAGGUCAAGGUGACCCUGGGAUGAACACGACCUCCGACCCCUGAGUCUCUCCGCGUGUCUCCCUGUGUUCAUAGGUCAGAAUCCCCCCCCCCCCCCCGUCUCCAGAAGCACAAAACUAACCCGACUCUUCUGGUUGAUAAGCAGCACUAAAACAUGAUGAUGAUGAUGAUGAUGAUAACUUGUCUCUUGCUUAGAGCUCAUAAGUGAUGAUGAUGAUCUUGCUGAUGUUGAUAACCUGUCUCUUGCUUAGAGCUCAGAUGUGAUGAUGAUGUUGAUAACCUGUCUCUUGCUUAGAGCUCAAAUGUGAUGAUGAUGAUGAUGAUGAUGAUGAUGAUGGUGACAACUUGUCUCUUGCUUAGAGCUGAAUUAUGAUGAUGAUGAUGCUGGGAACAACUUGUCUCUUGCAAAGAGCAGAAUUGUGAUGAAGAUGGUUUCGUUUAGUUUUUUAAGAGCACCAAAAUCUUUCCAGCUUCAUUGAAACUCAUCUGGGACCGGCGUCGCAGACUGUAAACCGUUGGUUUGUUGCAGAGUUGAGUUUGUUGUGUUUUAUUAACCUGCUAUGAUGCUAUGAAAGUGAUGUCUGUUUGCUAGUGAUGAAAUCAUCAUAAAUCAUGUUGAUGGUUUAUAAAAUGACACAGCCAGUGAAAUUGUUUUCUUAUCGUUUAAAAUGGUGUGCACUGCAUUGCGUCUACAACAGAGUUGUCCGUUGAGCAAGGCUGUGUCUUAGACUUUACUCACUGUUGUUUAAACAAGUUCUCUACAGGCAAUACCAUCCUUAUUUUAAAAGAUGGAACAGGGUCUGCGAUGGUUUGCAUCCACCUGUGAGACUGGCCAUGUUGACAAUAAGAAAAGCAUAAUUCCACUGUUUGUCCUUCUGUGCUCUACACCUGAGAUGCUUUCACUAUUUUAUCCUCUUUCUCUCGAUAUCUUUCCCUCUCUUUUUGCUGGGACUGCUAACUUCGCCACUCUUCACUUCCUACUGUUGGUCGCCGUGUUGCGCUGUCCCCGUAUGAUGAUGUCUUUUUUGAGCUGGGACUGCCCCCUAAUGAUGUCAUGAUCACUCUGCAGCUUGGGAUGAUGAUGAUGAUGAUGAUGAUGUUGAUGAAGAUAUAAACCUCUCGGCACAAAAAGGUUUUGUGUGCUGAGAUGAAAGUUUGUUUUGAUCUUUUUUAGUUUCUUGGAGAAAGUGUUUCUAUGUCUGCCUAUGUAGCUAGUUGUUGUGUGUGUAUAGAUUACAGAUAUAGAUCAAACCUCAUCAGUCUCUUGGACUCGGUCAAUAAAAGGAUGUUUUAUGACGAA